AUGACUAAGCGCAUGCAAAGGAAAUUAAUUGAUAAUUUGGUUAUUGAAAAUAGCAAUAUUUGCUUGAUAGUAAAUACUGAAAUACCUUUGUCUUUAAAGAUUUUACCUACUGUUUAUCAUUUAAGAAAUGGGGCUGGGGAUGAAAUGUUUAUAUCCCCCGUCUUGACUAUGGUGGAUGGGGGGGUGCAGGGGGUGUUGCGGAGCGCGGUGGCGGGCGGCAGCUUGUGUGGGCACGCGGCUAUAAGUAAGAGGCGCGCUGGCGGCGGCGAGGUUAGUCGCCGUUCGGCAGCGCGUCCAGCGGUGUUACGUCCCCGCACGCCCCCGCCAUCCGCCCGAGUGACCGGGCCGUGUGCUCCGCACUUGCCU